AUGGCUUCGAGGAAGGCUCCCCGGAAGAGGCCGCGUGGAGAUUGGGAUGAAUUCGCCAAAGUACUGGGAAACCACAGCAUGGACCUGAUAGAUGAGUCGAGCGUUGGUCUCGACCCUCGUCAGAGCUUGCACCGAGUGGCAUAUCAGGCGCAAGUGCUUUUGGUCAAGCGGAAAGUCGAGAUAGCUGCUAGUCGCCGCGGCGGGGAAAGUGUCAGAACCGGCCAGGUGGAGCAGCAGGUGGUGGACAGGGGCCAAGCGGAUAUCGACUUUUGUCGGUAA